AUGGCUCCGGUGUCCACUACACCAAGGCGCCAGGCUAGUGGUCGCCCGCGCGGCCGCCCCAAGGGCAACACCCCCGCGAGAUCUUCCCGUGCUCGAAAGAGCGCACACGACGCCCCAGCUUCGGAACCGCCCCCCAAGAGGAGAAAAUACAUUCCUGGUGGCCCAGGCGGUGGUGGCCGCUUCGUCGACGAGGACGGUAUCGAGACCCCUGCCGAGCCAACCGUCUCUACUUCCGCCCCGCGGGCCCGAAGUUCCGCAAUAACACUCUCCAACCCCGCUCCGUCAACCAUGUAUCCCCGUCGCGAGCGAAGCACGAGAAUCCGCACCGCCGUAAACCGAGAUGAUCUCGAUGAUAGACAGUAUAGCUCUGCCGCCGCCGUAGCCGCUGCUGUGGUCCAUAACGAGGGCUACAAACCACGCGAGGAGCGAGGCUGGGAGGAAUUUCAUCCCAACCUCGACAUCGAGGCGGUAUUUAUAGUCUUCCCCGCGCCAGAGGUCGAUGGAUUCCCUAAGUCGGCCCCUCCAACACCCGCUGUCCAGCAAGCUCCGACCACCCCGCUCAACGGCUCCAGCACACCAACUAAGGAGCUCCUUACCGGCACCGCCGCAGAUGGCACAAGUGGCACGCUGACAUGGCAAAGCAAACCCUCGUUUGGAGUGGCGCUACCAGACACGCCUAGCAGGCGCCGUGCUGGAAGGCCGACUCGCGACUCGGUUUCGCUUUACGCCUCUCGGCCUUUAGAUCUGGGCACAAGUCCAAAGAUCCCCAAGGUCCUCCCGAUCCAUGGCCAGACCUCCAAGGAGAAGCUUGACCUCAAGCUGCCAUCCUACCGAAAAACCGACCGGAUCUCGCUCUUCGAGAGCAAAACCUUUGGCCAGGCAAGAUAUGUUGACAAAUCCAUGAUGAAUGUGGGCUACCAAGAAAGCGACCACUUCAUCAGGCCCGAGGGCAAGCUGAUAAAGUCGGUCGACGCCAAUGUGGAGGAGGAUAUUGAUCAAACUGUGGCGGUCAAGGUCGACAUCGACCCUAUCCAGCACACUGCCGGGGCGGCGGGCCGUGUUGAAUACGACAUGGACGAACAGGAUGAUAUGUGGCUGGAGAAGCUCAACUCGCAACGCAAAGGUUCUGAUCUUGACCCGAUAACGCGCGAGAUAUUUGAGAUCACAAUCACCAAGAUCGAGAAGGAAUGGCAUGCUCUCGAGAAGAGAAUACCGAAGCCAAAUCCAAAACCCCCGCAGACGCACAGGCCGAGGUCAAGUUCAGCCGCCGCGGUCAAUGGUGAGCCUCAGGUCGGCGAAGAGCAGGACAGCAAGUGCGCCAUCUGUGACGAUGGCGAUUGCGAAAACACAAAUGCCAUUGUCUUCUGUGACGGCUGCGACCUGGCCGUCCAUCAGGAGUGCUAUGGCGUGCCUUUUAUCCCCGAGGGCCAGUGGCUGUGUCGCAAAUGCCAGCUGAUUGGACGUGGAAUUCCUACGUGCAUAUUCUGUCCAAACACGGAUGGCGCAUUCAAACAGACCAACUCGUCAAAAUGGGCACAUCUUCUCUGCGCAAUGUGGAUUCCCGAGGUGUCCCUCGGCAACCACACCUUCAUGGAGCCGGUAAUGGAGGUGGAAAAGGUGCCCAGGACGAGGUGGAAGUUGUCGUGCUACAUAUGCAACCAACGCAUGGGCGCCUGCAUCCAGUGUUCGAACAAAAGUUGCUACCAGGCCUUCCAUGUAACGUGUGCCAGGAGGUGUCGGCUGUAUCUGAAGAUGAAGAACAGCCAGGGCGCCCUUGCCGUCCUCGACGGAACCCUACCUCUCAAGGCCUUUUGCGACAAGCACUGCCCCCAGGAUCAUGCCAAAGAGAACGCCGUCAGCCAGGCCACAAGAGAAGCAAAACGCUUCUACAAGCGCACGAUGAAGGGCCGCAUCUGGGCCGACAGCCAGGCCUCGGCUCUCCAGAUAGCCGCUACUCAUCGCCACGCUAUCACUGAACACCCGCCCGACGAGUCGCAGAUGACAGGCGCUAAAGUGUCAGCGGUCCUGGCCGACAAGAAGAAGGGCCAACCUGGCAAACACAUCUGGAAGCUACCCUCGGGCGCCCCCAUCAUCCCCCAAGCAGUAUACGACUUGGUUGAGAGCUCACUCGCACGUUUUAAUAUUCGCAAGCGUAAGGACUUUGUCGGAGAGGCGUGUCGAUACUGGACGCUCAAACGUGAGGCUCGCCGUGGCGCUGCCCUGCUCAAGCGGUUACAGCUGCAGAUGGAAACCUUUUCGUCUAUGGAGCUCACACGCCGCAAUUUUGCGGCUAUGGGCCCGUCUGGCAAGACGCGCCUGACAAGGAGAAUCGAGUUUGCCCGGGGCCUCAUCAAGGACCUUGAACAGCUUAAGGCGCUAUCGGAAGAUGUUGUCCAGCGUGAGGCCAGCAAGCUCGAGGCCGCCGAGAUGGAACUCGACUUUGUCGACAACUGCUACUUUCCUGUCUACAGGAUGCUGGUGCCAGUGGUUGAGAGGGCGCUCCAGCUCGACAAGAACAUCUUCAAGCCAGGGUUGGCGGGCUUGCAGGAGAAGCUGGAUGUACGCUUCUACACCACCUGCCUACAAUUUGCGCAUGACCUCUGCGAGGCAGUCAGUGCGGGAAUAAACGCAGCAGCGAAGCUGUCGGCAGCCGAGGAGCCGCGAGUUGAUUCCCUAGAUGCCUCGCCAGCUAAACACAACGACUACUCGGGGGUAAAAGACAGACGACGACUUGGCAAGAGGAUACUUAAAUCAGUCCAGCCGCACCUCGAAGCAGCUUUGAGGGCUGAGGCGGAUAUAUGUGCCAAGCCUUUUGACGCUCUCUUGAUGGAGCUCAAAGGCAUGGUAGAUGCCAGUCUCGAAGUGAAACAGCCAACCAUCACAGUAUCGCAGGACGACAAUACCGGGACAGACCCUAGCCAAGACGUUGAGAUGCUAGACGCGCCGGAAGAGGCCCAGAUUAUUGUGGCUGCUGAUCAGCUCGCUGGCGUGGUGGUUGCCAAAGCUGAAGCAGGAAUCGACGAUGACGAUGCCGAUGAGGUCAUGGCCGAGACGGAUGCCGUUGUGGCUGUAAACGGAAUUAGUACGUCACGACGUCGACACGGCGCCGAUGUCAGUAUUGAGGUGAACACAUCCGCCGAUCACCUCGAUGGCGAGGACGAAACUUCGAACCCAAACGGCAAUGGUGUCUCGUCCAAUAACUCAGUCGUGGGCGAACAGCAGGCUGCUAAAUCGCAAGGAGAUGAUCACAGGCACCAUCAUUCUCCCCCGGGCCAGUUGACCAACGGCGCUAGCUUCAAAGAAUCGGACUCUCCCCCAUCCCUGACGGCUGGGAGUGUCUACGGUUCAGUCGUACUGCAUCCGUCAUCGAACUCCAAUGGCAACGGUAGCAGCAAUGGGAACACCAUCAGCAACGGCAGCGGAGGUCCCCUGACGCCGCCGCAGUCCAACGGCAGCUUUGGAAGGGACCCGACCAACAUACUCGCCGAGGGUGGGCUGCCGUGGUACUUGCAGGGCUUCGCACUCAAGGGCACGUCGGCUGUGGAGGAGCAGUGGACGGGCCGUGACGCGGUGCGCAGCCUAAGCGAGGAGCUCACUGACAUGGACGACGAAGCGCUCAAGGACCUCGAGUUUGACGUCGACGACGACACCAUCACGGCGUCGCCCGUCAACGCAUCUUCUACCGACAAGGACCACCGCCAUAUUAAUGACAGUAUUAGUGGCUCGUCGUCUCUGUUGUCGGUGAACUCCGCAUCGACGCCAGGGAGUGCUAAGCGCGUGAGGGCCAAUCCUGCCAUGUUCAGGAAGGGCGUGCGGUCGUCAGCGAGGAAGCGGUGA